AAAAGGCUGAAGCCAGGCUCAGCUUUCAAGUCAGUCAGGCAGUCCUAGUGUGCAAGACCAAGUGUGGAAUCGUAGACCAUGAAGAGUUCGGAGCUGUCAGCAAGUGACCCCCCGAGACUAAGGAGUCAUAUCAUCGGUACCACCACUGCAGCACCCUGAGCCCACCCCAAAACAGACUAUGGCGGGGGGAAGAAGAGGACUCGUUGCCCCGCAAAAUACCUUUUUGGAAAAUAUUGUCAGACGGUCCAAUGUAUGGACGUUCUCCCAUAGGCAGACAGACACUAAUUUUGUCCUGGCUAAUGCCCAAAUAGUAGACUGGCCUAUCGUGUACAGCAAUGAUGGAUUCUGUAAACUGGCAGCCUAUCACCGUGCAGAAGUAAUGCAAAAGAGUAGCACAUGCAGUUUUAUGUAUGGAGAGCUCACAGACAAGGAAACCACUGAGAAAGUUAGACAAACAUUUGAGAAUUACGAGACAAACUCAUUUGAAAUCCUGUUGUACAGAAAAAACAGAACACCUGUGUGGUUCUAUAUGAAAAUUGCACCCAUUAGAAAUGAACAGGAUAAAGUGGUUCUGUUUCUCUGCACAUUCAGUGACAUUACAGCGUUUAAACAGCCAAUUGAAGAUGAUACAUCCAAAGGAUGGGGAAAGUUUGCUCGCUUGACCAGAGCACUGACAAGUAGCCGAGGAGUCCUGCAGCAGCUCGCUCCAAGUGUACAUAAAGGGGAGAACGUGCACAAGCAUUCACGCUUGGCUGAGGUGCUGCAGCUCGGCUCUGAGAUUCUUCCACAAUAUAAACAAGAAGCACCAAAGACUCCACCACAUAUCAUCUUACAUUACUGUGUGUUCAAGACCACGUGGGACUGGGUUAUCCUCAUAUUAACCUUUUAUACAGCCAUUAUGGUCCCCUACAAUGUCUCAUUUAAAACUAAGCAGAAUAAUGUAGCAUGGCUCGUUAUAGACAGCAUCGUUGAUGUCAUUUUCUUAGUGGAUAUUGUACUUAAUUUUCACACCACAUUUGUUGGACCAGCAGGCGAAGUGAUUUCAGACCCAAAGCAAAUCCGCAUGAACUACUUGAAGGCGUGGUUUGUGAUAGAUCUGCUGUCCUGUUUGCCAUAUGAUGUCAUCAAUGCUUUUGAAAAUGUGGAUCAGGGAAUGAGUAGUAUUUUCAGUUCUCUAAAAGUUGUUCGACUUCUUCGUUUGGGUCGUGUUGCUCGAAAACUGGACCACUACAUAGAAUAUGGCGCAGCUGUUUUGGUACUGCUGGUCUGUGUCUUCGGACUUGCAGCCCAUUGGCUGGCUUGCAUCUGGUACAGUAUUGGAGAUUAUGAAGUCAUCAAUGAAGAAACAAAGGAUAUCAAAACAAGCAGCUGGCUUUUCCAGCUGGGACAAGCUAUAGGGACACCUUAUCAUUUUAACACAUCAGGGACUGGAAAAUGGGAAGGGGGCCCAAGUAAAGACUCUGUUUACAUUUCCUCAUUAUAUUUUACAAUGACAAGCCUCACUAGUGUUGGAUUUGGGAACAUUGCUCCUUCAACAGAUGGAGAGAAGAUUUUUGCUGUGGCCAUGAUGAUGGUUGGCUCUCUUCUGUAUGCAACCAUUUUUGGUAAUGUGACAACAAUCUUCCAGCAAAUGUAUGCCAACACAAACAGAUACCAUGAAAUGCUCAACAGUGUAAGAGACUUUCUGAAACUGUAUCAGGUACCCAAAGGAUUGAGUGAACGAGUUAUGGACUAUAUUGUUUCAACUUGGUCAAUGUCAAGAGGCAUUGAUACAGAAAAGGUAUUACAGAUUUGCCCUAAGGAUAUGCGUGCUGAUAUUUGUGUACAUCUGAAUCGCAAAGUUUUUAAAGAACAUCCAGCUUUUCGACUAGCUAGUGAUGGCUGCCUUCGUGCAUUAGCUAUGGAGUUCCAGACAAUACACUGUGCACCCGGGGACCUGAUUUACCAUGCUGGGGAGAGUGUGGAUGGACUCUGCUUUGUGGUUUCGGGAUCCUUAGAAGUCAUCCAGGAUGAUGAAGUGGUGGCCAUCUUAGGUAAAGGUGAUGUAUUCGGAGAUGUGUUUUGGAAGGAAACAACCUUGGCUCAGUCCUGUGCCAAUGUGAGGGCUUUAACUUACUGUGAUCUACAUGUUAUUAAAAGGGAUGCCCUGCAGAAAGUUCUGGAGUUUUAUACUGCCUUCUCCCAUUCUUUUUCAAGAAAUCUAAUAUUAACGUACAACUUGAGGAAAAGGAUUGUGUUCCGGAAGAUAAGUGAUGUCAAACGGGAGGAAGAAGAGAUGAGGAGAAGAAAAAAUGAAGCACCACUUAAUCUUCCCCCAGACCACCCUGUGCGUAGACUUUUCCAAAGGUUCAGGCAGCAGAAAGAGGCAAGAUUAGCUGCUGAAAGAGUCAGGGAAACAGAAGAGCCAGAUGUGGAAAAAGGAAGUUCUAACACAGGAAACUCAUCAUCUGAGGCUGCAGGUGCUCCAGCUAGCUUAGUAACUGUAACAGAAAGCCCAGCCACUCCAGUUCCUUCUCAGUCUGCCUCAACAUCAGGUACAUCAGACCAAGCAAAACUGCAAGCCCCUGCAUCAGGCUAUGCAACCAGUAAACAAACUGGAGAUUCUGGUAAACGUAAGGGAUGGACAAGAUUCAGAGAGCCUGACACCAAAGGGGAAGAGUGGAAUAAAGUUUCAAAGACAGAAUCUAUGGAAACUUUGCCUGAAAGAACUAAAACAUCAGAUGAGAUAUCUCUGAAAAAGACAGAUUCAUGUGACAGUGGCAUUACCAAAAGUGACCUGCGAUUAGAUAAUGUCAGCGACUUAAGAAGCCCUCAGGAUCGUAGUCCUGUUCUGACAGAAAUCAAACAUACGUUUUAUCCUAUCCCAGAACAGACUCUUCAGGCCACAAUAAUGGAAGUAAAACAUGAGUUAAAAGAGGAUAUCAAAGUUCUGAAUGCUAAAAUGGAAAAUAUUGAAAAACAACUUUCUGAUAUUCUCCGGCUAUUAAGUAUUAGGCAAUCUCAGUCACCACAGGAAUUGUUUGAAAUUUCAAGGCCACAAACCCCUGCAUCAGAAAAAGAUAUAUUUGGUUCAGGUUGAAUUGUUUACAAAUCUGAUUCUUAGUUUCAGCUUUUUCACAGACCCAUCACCCCCAACAACAACCACAACAACAACAGCAACAGUAACCAAGUGACAGGUAUACUUACAAUAGAUAUAAAUUUAGGCAUCAAAAUAAUUAGAAAAAUGAAACCAGGAUCUCUGAAAGGCAGCUGAGUCUGAAAGCUUGGACUGUUUUUAUGUUGUUUAAAAAAGGAAUAAAGCACUAUUUCACGUUUGUAGCUGAUGCCGUUUCAUGCUCAGCAGUACUUGGUGUAGUACCCUGACAUCUGUUGGAGAAUUGGUGGUACAACUAGUGCAGCUGAAUAGAGCUAUCCAGGGUGCUGAACUGAUAAAGUAGUCAACAUCACAUUUCAUAACCACAGCAAUCCAGAGUACAUGCUUAAUGUCACUGCAGAUUUUGGCCUACAAAUUAUUGUUUCAAUGGUUUCACCUGAUGACAUUCUUAAGUAAUAUUUAAUUAAAAGUGCACUGCUUGAUAGAGAGCAUGGUAGUCUGUAUGAAGCAUGUGUAUGUCAAAUGUUGAGGAAUAUACUUGCUUUUUCCAAGAAAUGAUUUUUUUUGGGGGGUGGUGUGGAAGAUCAGUGAGAUAGAGCGGAUAAUGCUGACACACCAAAGCACAAUCUUAGAGGUCAGUGACAUAUUAUCUUUCUCUUAAUUUUUGAAUUCAGGUAAUUAAAAAAAUAAAACCUUUAUGACCUUUUUUUCUAUCUUGUAUAUCUUUAUUAUACGGUCACACUUAUUUUUAUAAAAUUAGAUUAAGUAAAAAUAUUUAAAACUUGUACACUAAAAUGAUUGCAUACUGUGUCACAGAUGAUCCAAGAUUAUUCCAUCUUGUUUACUUGACUAAAAUGUAUUGUAGCCUUUUUGAGUACACUCGCCUUAAUGUGAUUGUUAGAAGUAGCGUAAUGUAUGCAUUAUUUCUCAUGCCAAAUGAUAUUGCAGUUUCAUUUACAAUAUUUAUUUCUUCUUCAAAUCAUUUUAGUCUUCUUUUCUUGUUGACUCCUUUGUGACCUUGUUUCCCAAGUAUUAAUAUGCAUGUAGUAUAGGUCAACUAGUCCGUUUAUAUUUAAUAAACUUACUGUCAUUUCUUACUGUGGGUCUUCUUGCCUAUUUUAACAUGCGGAAAUAGGUCUGUAAUGAUAGGGAAGACAUUAACCUGAGGGAGAAGGAUACGCACAGCCUAAGCAUGCACUAUUCCUUCUGCUGUGACAUAGUAGUAUGACACCAUUGGAGAUUUGGUGCAGGUUAUGGGAAAAGUACCUCAUUCUUUUCCAGACCAGUAAGAAAUAAUGCUUUAUGAAUCAAUCAGUAAGAGCUGAUACUUUAUAAAACCGGUAUGACUGUAUCUCUUUUAGUUCUGACAUUUUAAUGUCAGAAGUCCACUGGAUCUGACAUGUAGGUCAGGACUGUGACAAAAGUCUUAAGCUACCUUUCAUACAACAGUACAGCCUAUUCUAUUAGGCCUGAAAGAUGUUACACUCCUACAGGAUUAGCUGAAGAGUUUGCUGAGCUACAGCAUAUGCAUUUCUAAGUGUACAUACUCUAGUAAAUGUUAGCCAUUUCAAAGAUUUAACUAUAUAACACCUGAGGUGUAGCCAGUAUUUUUGGAAUUGUGUACUAACAUUCAGAACAUAGCCCCUAUCUGCCCACAAGUGUAGCCCCCAUCAAUUGAAAUAAACAAUCUAUCAAAGCAUUAGACUAUAAACCCUGAUAUAUAUGCCAUUAAAAACAAGAGUAGCAAGUUCAUUACACAAAAAAGUAAAUUAUUUUAAAUAGUGCACACUGUGGUGUACAUGUCAUAUGUCUGACUACACCUUUGUAUGACAGUGAAAUAUAAUAUUAUGUACUGCACUGAGAUGAAUCAGGAAUAUUGUCUAAGUAUGCUGUACAACUCUUUACAUAUAGUAUGCCACAUUUAAGAACAAAAUUGUAACAAUUAUAUAAUGGAAAUAAAUGCAUAUUUAAGUCCCAAACUGGAGCACUGCACAGCAUGCAGAAAACACAAAUGUUACAUUUAAAAGAUCGUACCUUUUUUGGUUUUAAGUCUAACAAUCAAGGGAAAUUUCCAUUUGGAUUAUAUGGGUGUUGCUACAGUCUGUAAAAUGGAUGAUAUCCUGCCCUCUCCUUAUUUCUGCUAAAAGGAAUCAUGAUCAGAAGUCUUGAAUGAGGGAGGCAAGUUAUGUGAGCAUUUGUAAAGUCCAAGACUACUCAACUGAAUAAGGACAUGCAAAAGAAUCAAACGAAUGUAUGAGGCUGUACAACACAUUUAUGAAAAAGGACUUAUAGUUACAUUUAUAAUAACAAAAUAGGUAAACAAGUCUCAUACAGCAGGCAUAAAAUAUCCUUUUGAAUGACAAAGAUGCAUCUGUAAAUCCAUGUUUUUUAUUGCAAACCUGUAUACUUGGCAGGGUGGAAGAGAAGCUUCAGCAACAACCAGCAUUACUCUCUUGAAUCUGUCCUCAUUAUCAUGGCUGCAUCUUUUCUGUUGGGUAUCCAAGAUUAACCCUACCAGUAUGAGGUCACCAGUCCCAUCUGUACUGAUGAUGCCAGUAUUGCAAAAAAAGAGAUGGUGCCUGGGAGCCACCAGUGGUGCUCCCAGAGGCAAGAUCUUGAGUGGAAAAGUUGCAAUCCCUGUCUCAAUCUGCAUGCACAUUCUAAAGGAGGGGCUUGUGCAA